AUGACGUCGAACGGAGCCGUGCUCAUGGCAGAGCAAUACCGCCAGCAGAAUGCGGUUGAUCCAGAUCGUCGAGAGUUCCUGACGCAGCAGAGAAAAUUGGCCAUCGCCCGGAUCGAAAGAGAAGAGCGAGAGCGGGCGGAGAAAGAAGAAAAGGAGGAAAAAGGUUAUACUGCCGUGCAGCGUGGUGAGCCGGCAGCAGUGGAUGAAUACACCAGAGCUUGGCGAGAAAAGCUGGAGAAGUAUGGGGCAGAGCACUUGCGAGAGGAGGCUUGGGAGCCGGCAGGAGAUUAA